AUGGCACUGCCCACACUGCCUUCCUACUGGUGCAGCCGACAGCUCCUGGGGCAGCAGCUUGCACGGCAGCGGAAGCAGGCAGCCCGGCUUCGGGAGCAGUGGGAUCAGAACAGCCGUUAUUUCCAACUGUCUAACAUCUGCAGCUCCAAGCAGGCAGAGUGGAGCUCCAAGACCUCCUACCAGCGGAGCAUGCAUGCCUAUCAGCGGGAGAAGAUGAAGGAGGAGAAGAGGAGGAGCCUCGAGGCCAGGCGUGAACGGCUUAGGCAGCUCGUUCUGGAGGAGCAGGACCUACUGGCCAAGGAAUUGGAGGACCUGAGGCUGACCAUGAACUUGCGAGAAAGAAGAAUCCGCGAGCGGCAUGGGAACUUGAAGUCAGCCCAGGAAGAGCAGAGAAAACUGGUUGCGGAGAAGCUUUUGUAUGAACACUGGAAAAAGAAUAGCCCUGAACUGCGAGAGAUUGAAUUGGACCUUCACAAGAAGCAUGUGAUAAACUCUUGGGAAACCCAGAGAGAAGAAAAGAAGCAGCAAGAAGCUGCUGAGAAGGAAGAGCAUAUGAGGUAUGAAAACGAAUACGAAACAGCCCACAGGGAAGCAGUGGAGAGGAUGAGGGCUGAGGAGGAGAGGCGGCGGCUGGAAGAGAAACUUCAGGCCGAAGCGCUGCUCCAGCAGAUGGAGGAGCUGAAGGCAAAGGAAAUGGAGGCCAGCAAACUGAAGAAGGAGCAGGAGAAUCUCCUGAGGCAGCGAUGGGAGCUGGAGAGGCUGGAGGAGGACAGGAAGCGGAUGGCGGCCUUCCGGGAAAAGGCAGAGCUGGGGCGCUUCCUGAGGCAUCAGUAUCAUGCACAACUCAAUCGACGGGCACAGCAGAUUCAAGAGGAGCUGGAGGCAGACAAGCUGAUCCUCCAGAAGCUCCUGGAGAAGGAGGACGAGGACCAGCGUGUCCACGAGGCUAGGCGGGAGCAGGCCCUGGCUGACGCGGCCUGGAUGAAGCAGGUGAUCGAGGAGCAGCUGCAGCUGGAGCGGGAACGGGAGGCAGAACUGCAGAUGCUGUGGAGGCACGAGGCCAAGGAGGUGUGGGAGAAGAGAGAGGCUGAGUGGGCCCGCGAGAGGAGCGCGCGUGACCGACUGAUGCAAGAGGUUCUGGAGGGGAGACAGCAACAAAUCCAAGAGAAGAUUGAGCAGAAUCGAUGUGCCCAAGAGGAAGCCCUGAGACACAGAGAGCAGCUCAUCCGCUGCCUGGAGGAGGCGAGGGAAUCGGCACUGCGGGAGGAGGAGGAGCGUGAAGGACUCAAGCUGGCACGGAAACAGGAGCUAGAAGCCCAGGUCAUGGAGCACCAGCUGCAGGCCCGAGAAGAGGACCAGCGAGAGGAAGAGGCGGCAGCAGCGGCGAGGCAGGCGGAGCAGCUCACCGACUCCCUCCUCCAGCGAGAGGCGAAGAUGCUGGCUGAGCAGGCCUACCGACCAAAGACUUAUGGACACCCGAAGAUCGCUUGGAACUGA